UGCGAUGGCGGGUAGGCGGGUGGGGGUGGAGCCAGGGCCGGAAGUAGAACGGUGGCGGCAGCGGAGGCCUGGCAGCUCGGGACUGAGUGCAAGUAAUAGAAUCACCAUGAUUCUCCAGAGGCUCUUCAGGUUCUCCUCUCUCAUGCGGUCCAUGGUCUCAGUGCAUCUGAGGAGGAACAUCGGUGUUACAGCAGUGGCAUUUAAUAAGGAACUUGAUCCUGUACAGAAACUCUUCGUGGAUAAGAUUAGAGAAUACAAAACUAAGCGACAGGCAUCCGGAGGACCUGUUGAUACUGGCCCAGAGUAUCAGCAAGAGCUGGAGAGAGAGCUUUUAAGCUUAAGCAGGUAUGGUAAAGCAGACAUGAAUACUUUCCCUAACUUCAAUUUUGAAGAUCCCAAAUUUGAAGUCAUCGACAAACCCCAGUCCUGAAGAAAUAGUGUAAAAUGUAUUUGGUAAUUUGUCCUAGAUUAGUUGUACAACUGGUCGAAGUAUCGGGACAACGUACGUUUCUCACUGUCAAAUGUGUUCUUUUAAUUCUGAUUCCAAAUAAAUUAUUUGGUGAUGUUGAGUGUA